CCGGGCUCCACCAUCCCUCCCAUCUUCCAUCUUCCCUUUCUCCUUUGCUUCCUCCUUUGCUUCCCCCUUUCUCCUCGCAACUCCCCCCACCCCCCUUUCUCUGCCCCCGCCGUCCUCACGCGUUCCCCUGCGGCGCCCGGCAUGCAGGCGCCCAUCCCGCGCGCCCCCUCCGGGCACACGUCGUGCGACACGAUUGCCUUGCAUAAGCGCCACUAUGAUCUGGGAAUCCAGGAAUGCAUGGGCGCUGUACGGAUAGAUGAGACCGGCACCCAGCCGCUGGUGGCCAUCGAAAAGUACCGGAUCGCUUGUCAGCACUGGCAUCAGGCCUUGCAGAUGCGGCCCUUCUUCACCGAGGCCGAAUGGCAAAAUGUGGCGGACCUGGACAGGCGAAUCAGUUCCAACUUUCAGCAAACCCUGGACCGACUCUUCUUCCUGGAGGCCCGCCAUCUGAAUCAGAAAUCCACGCACCUGGGCCGAGAUAUCCCCCCUCUGCCGGACUUCGGCGCCGGGCCCGCGACCCGCCGAUCGAUCGACACCUAUGACGAUGGUGAGCCGGUGGUGGAUUUCAUCACCGCGGCCACCGACUACAUCGGCAGCUUCUUUGGGUUCUCCCCGGCUGCGGCCACCUCGAGUGCCGCGCCCGCGGCGGCGCCCACGCCCGGCGCGGUUGCCACAGCGCCCGCGGGGAACCCCCCCCGUGCCGCCAUCUCGGCUCGCUCGGUGGCCCCGGCCACACGCGCCUCCCUCCCGCCGGCCCAAGCCCCCAGAGGCGAGACCCUUCCCCCGCACCUCCCGGCCAACCUCCCCUUCCCCGGGCGGGCAUCCACGAAUGUGCCCCCCUCGGCCGCACCGGCCCCCAUGGCCCGGGGGUCGGUCACUUCCCGGGCAGCCGGUGCCGGGGCCAGCUCCGCCCUGGCCGGCAUCGACCCGCAGCUGGCCAACUCCAUCCUGGAUGAUGUGAUCACGCCGGGCAGUGCGCGCGACAAUGGCCCGGCCUGGGACGACAUCGCCGGGCUGGCCAACGCCAAGCAGGCUCUGCAUGAGGCGGUCAUCCUGCCGGCCCUGCGGCCGGACCUCUUUUCCGGCCUCCGGGCGCCGGUCAGUGGGAUUCUCCUCUUCGGCCCGCCCGGGACCGGGAAAACCCUGCUGGCACGGGCAUGCGCCUCGCAAGCGCGGUGCACCUUUUUCAACAUCUCGGCCGCCUCGCUGACGGCCAAAUAUGUCGGCGACUCGGAAAAGCGCGUGCGGGCUCUCUUUGCCCUGGCGCGGGAGCUGGCGCCAUCGAUCAUCUUCGUGGACGAAAUUGACUCCAUUCUGUCCGAGCGAUCGGACAAUGAGCAUGAGGCGGCGCGGCGGCUGAAGACCGAGUUCCUCAUCCAGUUUGAUGGGGUGGUUUCCAACUCGGACCCGGCCGCACCGCGGGUUCUGGUUUUGGCGGCCACCAAUCGCCCCGGCGAGUUGGACCAGGCCGUUCGUCGUCGUCUUUCCCGGAGGAUUUACAUCCCCCUGCCGGAUCUGGAAGCGCGGGUCCAGUGCAUCAGUCGCAUCCUGCAAUCCAAUGCCACCGCGCGACACGCCAUGUCCCCGAGCGAUGUGCGCGAGUGCGCGCGCCUCACGGAGGGCUACUCGCCGGCGGAUCUGGCCCAGCUGUGCAAGGAGGCCGCCAUGCUGCCCAUUCGCGAGCUCGGCAGCCGGGUGCAAUCUGUCCGGGCAAAUGAUGUCCGGCCGAUUGGGCUGCAGGACUUCCGGUCAGCCCUGGCGCGCAUCCGGCCCACCGUGUCACCGGGGUCCCUGCGCGAUUUGGAGCGCUUUGACAGGGAGUUUGGAUCCUACUCCCAGGGGGACAUUUAGCAUCGGCGCCCCCCCCCCC